AUGAGUGACAGCGAUGAAUAUGAGGUUGAGGGCCCAAAAUUGGUGGCUGACGACCCCAUGCGGGCCUUUCUUCCAACCUCAUUUGGAAAGAAAACCAAGGAAGCAGACGUUGCGGCGCAAAUCGACAGGACAAAAAGAAACGUCGAACCAACGAGACCGGCGGGUCAAAUCGAAGACAGCAAGUACAAGAAGCAUGAGGCAACUGUGAAACAGGAUAACUCAGACGAUGAUUCCGACUCAGAAGACGAUGAGGAUGACGACGACGAGUUCCCAGUCUCCCACGAGCUGGUGCUCAAAACUCACGACCGCGCCGUUACUACCAUAUCCCUCGAUCCCUCUGGCUCUCGUUUCGUCAGCGGGUCUACCGACUGCACAGUAAAACUUCACGAUUUUGCAGCAAUGACUCCUACAACUCUCCGGGCAUUCAAAAGCGUGGAUCCCAGCGCUGGGAAGCCGUCAGAUAACACCGAAUCCCAUCCUAUCAACCACAUCGAAUUCAGUCCCCACUCUGGCAGCCAAUUCCUUUGCAUAUCGGAGCAUCCCCAGGCUAAGCUCUUGAGUAGAGAUGGCGAGAUAUUGGCAGAGUUUGUGAAAGGCGAUAUGUAUAUUAGAGAUAUGAACAACACGAAAGGCCAUGUCUCGUCGAUCACUACUGGGACUUGGAGCCCUACCGACCCCAAUAUUAUUGCCACGGCGGGGACGGAUAGUACGAUUCGCAUAUGGGAUAUAAAUCAUAAGAGGGCACAUAAAGAGGUUUUAGUUCACAAAGAUCGAACAGCUGGGUCUGGAGGAAGGACCAAAAUGACGGGUGUCGUGUGGGGAAGCCCCAAGCAAGGCGGAAACAAUAUCCUGGUGGCAACAGCUCUGGAUGGGAGUCUGGUGAUGUGGAGUGGCAAUGGACCUCAUGCGCGACCAGCUGGAGAGAUCCGUGGCGCCCAUAAGCCUAAUACGAGAACGGGCGGCGUCGAUAUUAGCCCGGACGGGCGUAUGAUUGUCACGCGAGGCGGUGAUGACUUGAUCAAGUUGUGGGACACUAGGAAAUUCAAGACUCCAGUGUUAGAAGUUGCUCACCCGUCAACUUCGGAUGUAUACUCUCUAUCAACCAUCAAAUACUCACCCACUGGAGCCAACAUCAUCACCGGCUCCAGCUCCGGCCACCUCUAUAUCCUAAACUCCGGAAAUCUCAAACCCGAACUCGUCACACCCGUCACUCCCGGCUCCUGUCUCAUCUCCGCUCUAUGGCACGAGAAGCUGAACCAGAUCGUUACCUCCUCAGCCAAUGCCGAAGUACACGUCCUCUACAACCCCAAUACGUCCUUCCGCGGUGCGAAGGAUGUCAUGUCACGAGCCCCCAAAAAGCGUCAUGUCGAUGAUGACCCCAACUUUACCACAGAUCAAUCCGCUGGCAUUUCAGGCGAUACCAUCAUUAGCCCCAGCGGAAUCCUUCAGAGCGGUCCAGCAGCGUCCUCGUUCGCUGCGCGCCAUCCCACCAUUGGUUUGACAGCGAGCGGGAAGAGCAGGGACCCUCGACGACCGAUGAAGCCUGCUGUCACGCCGUUCAUGAAGAGUCAGCCAGACGAAGCUCAUAUCAACUCGACUAUCCCACUGAGCAGUAUGAGGGAUGAGGACCCGAGAGAGGCAUUACUGAAAUAUGCGGAACUAGCUGAGAAGGACCCCUUAUUUACGAACGCAUGGAAGCAAACGCAGCCAAAAACUAUGUAUGCCGAAUUGAGUGAUGAUGAGGCGGAGGAGCCGGAUAAGAAAAAGGCGAGGAGAUAG